AUGCCUGAUGAAGAUGAAGAUGAAGAUGAUCAGCAAAUUAUCUCGAAUGAUGCUUUCAACAAUGCACAAGUGGGAGAGGGUGUUUGGUUUGUGGAGGCAUCUGCAAAUUGUACCCUUAAAUCUGCUGCUUACUUUGAGGAUGUCACCUCCAUUCCAUUCGAUAAGCUACUUCCUCAUAAUCCUCCUCAAACUCAAGGCAUUGAUCCUCUUGUUCUAAUGUUUGUGACAGAAUUUGAAGGUGAUGGAUUUGUAAUGGGACUUGCAUUCUGCCAUACUAUAUGCGAUGGGCUAGGAGCAGCUCAGUUCCUUAGUGCAUUUGGUGAGUUUGCUAGAGGUGCCCACCAACUCACCAUUUCCCGACUAUGGCAUUUUAAUUGUCUUCCUCAACCACAAACAAUAAUAAAUUCCACACCACCACCUAGAAAUUUCAUGCGCCCAUCUGCUGAUUACGAGUUGGAGCAAGAUAAUAUAGACAUUCCACUCCAUCACAUUAAUCAGUUGAAGCAGCAUUCUACACACUACAACAAAAUCAGAUGUUGGGCAUUUGUUGCUGCUGCUUCUGCUGCAUGGAAGAAGAAGCUAAAUCCAUCUCAGCAUGAUUCUUCUUUUUCUGGUUUUGCAUCUCUGAUUGAGUUGUUUUUCUUUCGGAUUUCACGUUGCAGGUUAGGAGUCGUUGUUUUCGGUGGUUUAGAGGAAAAGUGA